AUGAGUCCCUUCAGGAACUGCCUCCCUCUGACCAAGAUGAGCCAGGCCCCAGAGGAAGAAAAUGGGGAGCAGAGGGGGCAGCCCCUGGUCUCAAGCCAGUACCCCCAGGAGGCCGCCCUGCAGGCCACUGUGCUGGGUCUGGUGGCCCUCAGCAAGGCGCACCCUGCUGCACUGGCUCCUGGGACUGCAGCCCUUGUGACCCCAACCUCCCCAUGGCCAUGCCCACUGCCCUGACUGGGGCCCAUCCUGGGCCUGGCAGGACCCCCUGGCGCCAAGGACCCCUGGACCCUGUUGCUGGCUGCCCUGAGAUCCCCAGGGAUCAGGGUCCUGGAAGCCGGGACAGCCACGGGGCUUUUGGAUGUCUUCACGGGCCUGGAGGCUCAGGGCGAAGAGCUGGCCGGGGCCAUAGCUGCCGGGGACCCAGGAGUGCCUCUUCCAGGGCGGGCGGCUGAGCUCCGGGCAGCCCUGGAGCAGGGGCCCCGGGGUCUGGCCCUGCGUGUCUGGCCACAGCUACAGGUGGUGGUGACUUUGGACGCCGGCGGCCAGGCUGAGGCAGUAGCUGCCCUCAGGGCCUUGUGGUGCCAAGGCCUGGCAUUCUUCUCUCCGGCUUUUGCAGCUGCCGGAGGGGUGCUAGCUCUGAACCUGUGGCCAGAUCAGCCACAGGGGCUCUACCUCCUGACCCCUGGGCCCCCCUUCAUUGAGCUGCUGCCAGCCAAGGAGGGAGCCCCAGAGGACGAACCCUGCACCCUCCUCCUGGCCAAGGCCCAACAGGGUGAAGAGUAUGAAAUGGUGCUCACAGACCAUGCCAGCCUGACCAGGUACCACCUGGGUGAUGUGAUUCAGGUGGUCGGCGCUCAUAAUCAGUGUCCAGUGGUUAGGUUUGUCUACAGGCUAGACCAGGCCCUGAGCGUGUGUGGCGAAGUCACCAGGGAGCACCUGUUCUUGGAGGCCCUGUACUGGGCUGUGGCACAGUGGCCAGGCGCCGAGCUGCUGGACCACUGUUGUGUGGGAUGCAGUGUCUUGGACUCCUCCAAGGGAUCCGCUCCGCACUAUGAGGUGUUCCUGGACCUGAGGGGGCUGAGGAACCUGUCGGAGGAAAACCGAGGCAAACUGGACCUCUGCCUGCAGGACAUCUCCCUGAGCUACAAGUUCCUGUGCCUCCGAGGCAGCAUGGGCCCCGCCCAGGUGCACCUCGUGGCCCGUGGGGCCUUCAGUGCCCUCGGAGCCACCCUGGCUGCGUGGCCCUCUUCCUCUGCUUCUCCCCAGAUGCCCCGUGUCCUGAGGCACAGGCACCUGGCUCAGCUCCUGCAGAGUGGGGUGCUGUCCUGAACCUGCUCCUCAAAAGCCCUGGGUCACCCUAGUUGCCCAGCACAGCUGAUGUCCCUGGCCCAUCAGAGCUAUUGCCAGCCCUGCCUCCACCUCCACCUCCUGGAGCUUCCCGUGUGCCCUAGCUGCAGCCCUGUGCCUGACCCCCGAGCCGGGAGUGGGGUGGGGAGACUCCCCAGGGUAAUGCUGCUCAGGGAGGAGCGGAACAGGUCGAGUGAAUAAAGACAGUGACACUGCCCAUCAAGGAAUGGCCCUGAAGUGUCCUUCACAGCUCUCUGGAGGGACUCUGCCAAACAGUGCCCCAUACCAUAGGGUGCCUCCUGGGUCAGCCCCCAAUAAACCUCCUCUCCCACCUAGAA